CGGACCGUCCCGGUCUGCCGGCAGCAGCCGGGACAAUGACCGCGAAGGCGGGGCCAACUCGCGCCCCGCCGCGCUUCUCACUUAUGGGGAAGAACUUUUGUAAAGACUGGGUGGGAAAACUGAAACAGCUGAAGAGUCCAAACGGAAUUUAAAGGCGCACCCCUGCGUAAACAUGGAUGACAUCUUCACACUGUGCCGAGAGGGCAACUCCGUGGCAGUUCGCUUGUGGUUGGACAACACGGAAAAUGACCUCAAUUUAGGUGACGACCACGGCUUCAGCCCGCUGCACUGGGCGUGUCGGGAGGGACGCGGCGCCGUAGUGGACAUGCUCAUUAUGAGGGGCGCACGCAUCAACGUCGUGAACCGCGGUGACGACACCCCCUUGCAUCUGGCAUCCAGUCACGGCCAUGCAGACAUUGUGGCCAAGCUGAUUCAAUGUAAGGCAGACCCCAACACGGUCAACGAGCACGGCAACACGCCGCUGCACUACGCGUGCUUCUGGGGGCAAGAGACAGUAGCACAGGAUCUGGUGGUCAGCGGGGCUCAGGUGUGCAUGUGCAACAGGUACGGACAGACGCCUCUGGACAAGGCUAAGCCUCACCUUAGGCAGCUACUUCAAGAGAAAGCAGAGAAACUGGGCCAGAGUUUGACCAAGGUUCCCUACAAGGAAACCUUCUGGAAGGGCACCAUGAGGACCAGGCCUCGUAACGGCACCCUCAAUAAGCAAGCCGGCAUUGAUUUUCAACAACUGUCUCUGUUGGCAAAAAUCAACGAAAACCACUCAGGAGAGAGUUGGAAGGGUCGCUGGCAGGGUGACGAAGUGGUGGUGAAGGUCCUCCAUGAGAGGGAGUGGAGCACCAGAAAGAGCAGAGACUUCAGCGAGGAGCAUCCCAAACUACGGAUCUUCUCUCACCCCAACAUUCUCCCUGUUCUGGGAGCGUGCCAGUCCCCGCCAGCUCCGCACCCCAUCAUCAUCACCCCUUACAUGCAGUACGGAUCUCUAUUCAACCUCCUUCAUCAGGGCACCGCUCUGGUGGUGGACCAAAGCCAAGCGGUCAAGUUCGCGUUGGAAAUCGCCGGCGCCAUGACCUUCCUUCACACGCUGGAGCCCAUGGUGGCGCGGCUGUACCUCAACAGCAAGCACGUCAUGAUUGACGAGGACAUGACGGCCAGGAUAAGCAUGGCGGAUGCAAAGUUCUCCUUCCAGUGCACAGGACGCAUGUACUCUCCGGCCUGGAUGGCCCCAGAGGCCCUCCAGAAGCGCUCCGAGGACAUCAACAGGAGAUCGGCCGACAUGUGGAGCUUCGCCGUGCUCCUGUGGGAGCUGGUCACCAGAGAGGUGCCUUUCGCGCACCUCUCGCCCAUGGAGAUCGGCAUGAAGGUGGCUCUGGAAGGCCUGCGACCAACCAUCCCGCCGGGGAUCUCGCCUCACAUUUGCAAGCUCAUGAGGCUGUGCAUGAAUGAGGACCCCGCCAAGAGGCCCAAGUUUGACAUGAUCGUGCCCAUCUUGGAAAAAAUGCAAGACAAGUGAACCACGCCCACCUAUCUGCAUGGUUGCUGUACAUGAUGUUUCUUAAACCACGCAUUUUUCAGUAAAUGUAUGGCUGUCACUUUUCAUUUGAUUCUUGGAUGUAAGGUUGUGCUUCUUUUUUUUUUUUAAUCUCAAGUGGUCACUGAAACAUCUGCUUUUAAAUGCAUAGGAAACUAUUCAGUGAUCAAAAAAACAUGUACAAAAAUGACAUUUUAACUCAGACGAUGCAAUAAAAAUUUUAUAUUUAUGACAUAACGUUUACUUUGGAAUUGUAUCUCUCUUCUAUAUAACUGUAAUGGUCAAUUUGGGUUCUGUUUUUUAAAAAAAAAAUUCAAACAUGACAAAUAAGAUCAAAGGCAUACACCGACUGACCGUCUGAGUUCCAAAAAUACUUCCGACAAGAAACAAGAACUUCUACAACCUAGGUUCCUACUUCUGGUCCUAUUUCUCCCUA